UCUUAGAUCCAGUGAUGCUUUUACUUGCCUUUAACGUUAUCGGUCGCGACGUUUUUUCGAGUGCCUGAUGGUGUGGAAACUAUGUGCGAAUAGCGAUACAAUACAGAGGGACUCAGCAUGGGGGCCUUUUUAAACAAGCCCGAGACUAAGAAGUACAACGAGAGCGGAGAAGGUAACGGUCUUCGCUAUGGCGUGGCGUCGAUGCAGGGCUGGCGCGUUGAGAUGGAGGAUGCACAUCACGCGCAGCUCACUCUAAACGGAACAUUAUCGGACUGGUCGUAUUUCGCUGUAUUUGACGGCCAUGCGGGUGCACGGGUAUCAGCUCACUGUGCGGAUAAUUUGCUCGAGAGUAUCCUACAAACUGAGGAGUUUCGGCGAGAUGAUAUUGUGGAGGCGAUACGUGCUGGUUUUCUCGACCUAGAUAAGAAGAUGAGAGAGCUGCCUGAGCUUUCGAACGGCGUGGAAAAAUCUGGAUCGACAGCAGUCUGUGCGUUUGUCUCUCCUAAGCAGAUAUACAUAGCUAAUUGUGGCGAUUCUCGAGCGGUUCUGGCACGGAACGGAGCACCGAUAUUCGCGACCCGAGACCACAAACCGGAGUUGCCCUCGGAAAAGUCUCGUAUAGUGCAAGCUGGUGGUUCUGUUAUGAUACAGCGCGUGAACGGCAGUCUGGCAGUAUCGCGGGCGUUAGGGGACUACGAAUACAAGAAGGUGAUGGAUCGUGGGCCUUGUGAACAGCUUGUGUCGCCGGAACCCGAGGUGUCAGUACACGAGCGGCUAGAGUCUGAGGACGAGUUCCUGGUAUUGGCCUGCGAUGGAGUGUGGGACGUGAUGAGCAACAAGGCUCUGUGUGCAUAUGUGCACUCGUUACUGCAACUCACAGACGAUCUUGUGGCUAUCACUAAUCAGGUCAUCGACACCUGUCUUUAUAAGGGUAGCAAGGAUAAUAUGAGCAUCGUGUUAGUGGUGUUCCCCGCCGCACCGAAGCCCAACCCAGAGGCCCAGCGAGCCGACCGAGAAUUAGACGAAACGCUGCGACAACGACUCACAGCGCUAAUACAGCAAAACUCCGGUCAGGAGGAGGACGUGUGCUUCUCCAACGUGCUCAAGGAACUCGUGAAGGAGAACAUACCCGGUCUGCCGCCCGGUGGUGGUCUAGCUGCUAAGCAAGCACUACUGGACAAGAUAUACAGGGAGUUCUACCCGGAACACACUGACAGCUCGGAUACGUUCGACUGUCAAGCGGAGCUCGCUGAGGCUUUCGGAGCGAACUAGACGCCGAGCGCUGCCUAUUGAGACUUAAAACACGUAUCGACACCCGCCCGGUAACAUGGGGGGCUGGCGUGCAAUACAUUAUUAGCUUUUUAUUUUAUUUAUUUAUUUAUUUAUUGCACAUAAAUAGUAUAAUUCACAGUAGUACAAAACAUAAAUAAUUUUUAUUGA